GGGACCGGGGGCGCGCGGGGUUGGGGGCGCUCCCGCGUCCGGCGUGUACGCUAUGGUCCCCACCAAGGAGGCCGAGCCUGGGCCAGGGGCCUGGGUGUGGGCCUGAGGGCCGGGGUUGGGGUUCGGGUCACCGGUCUCAAGUUGCCUCUCCCGCUCUGUUACGAGGGCGUGGGAGGCGUGGCCGUGAGGCGGGGUGGGGCCGCGACCGCGACGUCCUCAUCCGGGUCCCUCGGGGCCGUUGCCUUUGCGGCUGCGAUUUCUUUCGCAACCCCCGAAGCCCUUGUUUCCUGCUGCCUGGGUCGGGGCGGGGGCAUCGCGCAGCCCAGAACGGCCCGUGUCGGGUAGGCCGGAGCCCCCGCUAUCAGCCCCUACAUGUAGGGUGCUCGCCGGCUGUCAGGGCUCGGGGUAUGGCAGGCCCUGCAGGACUCAGCUUCCCCCCUCACCCGACAUGCCGCAUCCCAGCCAGGCCAGGUUGGAGCAGCCACCAUGGGAUGGGGAGGGGGUGGAGGCUGCACCCCGCGCCCACCCAUCCGCCAGCAGCCGCCGGAACGCCGCGUGGUCACUGUCAUCUUCCUUGGCCUCCUGCUGGAUCUCCUGGCCUUCACGCUGCUGCUGCCCCUGCUGCCCGGGCUGUUGGAGAGCCAUGGCCGUGCCCACGAUCCCCUCUAUGGCUCCUGGCAGCGCGGGGUGGACUGGUUUGCCAACGCCAUCGGGAUGCCAGUGGAGAAGAGGUCUCAUUGGCUCGGCCUUCUCUGUCCUGCAGUUUCUCUCUGCACCCCUCACUGGGGCCACCUCUGACUGCUUGGGGAGGCGCCCCAUGAUGCUGCUGUCCCUGACGGGUGUGGCCACCUCAUAUGCCGUUUGGGCCACCUCUCGGAGCUUUGCGGCCUUCCUGGCCUCCAGGCUGAUUGGGGGCAUCAGCAAGGGGAACGUCAGCCUCUCCACAGCCAUCGUUGCUGACCUGGGCUCACCUCUGGCCCGAAGUCAAGGCAUGGCAGUCAUCGGGGUGGCCUUCUCUCUGGGCUUCACCCUAGGCCCUAUGCUUGGAGCCUCCCUGCCCGUAGAAAUGGCACCCUGGUUUGCCCUGCUCUUGGCAGCCUCCGACCUGCUGUUCAUCUUCUGCUUCCUGCCGGAGACACUGCCCGUGGAGAAACGGGCACCCUCUAUUGCCCUGGGGUUCCGCGGUGCUGCUGACCUGCUCAGCCCCCUGGCCCUGUUGCGCUUCUCUGCUGUCACUCGUGGCCAUGACCCACCUGCUGGAGACAGGCUCGGCAGCCUGCGCCGCCUGGGCCUCGUCUACUUCCUCUACCUCUUCCUGUUCUCGGGCCUGGAGUAUACACUGAGCUUCCUCACACACCAGCGCUUCCAGUUCAGCAGCCUGCAGCAGGGGAAGAUGUUCUUCCUCAUCGGCCUCACCAUGGCCACCAUCCAGGGUGCCUAUGCCCGGCGGAUCCACCCUGGCGGAGAAGUCGCGGCUGUGAAGCGGGCCCUCCUGCUGCUGGUGCCUGCCUUCCUCCUCAUCGGCUGGGGCCAUUCUCUGCCCAUGCUGGGCUUGGGGCUGCUGCUCUACUCCUUUGCUGCUGCAGUUGUGGUGCCCUGCCUGUCCUCUGUGGUCGCCGGCUAUGGCUCACCAGGGCAGAAGGGCACAGUCAUGGGCACACUGCGCAGCCUAGGUGCUCUGGCUAGGGCUGCGGGGCCCCUGGUGGCUGCCUCAGGUGAGGGUGUAGGAUGGUGCUGGGGCAGGCUGGGGGCUGGGCACUUGCUCUCGUCUCCCCAGUGCCAGCCCCUUCGGGGUUUGGGUAACGCCGAUGUCUCUCCACAGUGUAUUGGCUGGCCGGGGCCCAGGCCUGCUUCACCGCGUGGUCUGGGCUCUUCCUGCUCCCCUUCCUCCUCCUGCGGAAGCUGAGUUGUCCGGCACAGAUGCUCAAGGCUGAGUAGCUGAGCCACUGCUCCCAGGCUGCAGGCGCCAGGCAGGGAGUGGAAGCCUGGGCUAGGCCCCUGCCCGCUGCCUGACCCACCUCCUUCCUAGUCCAGAGAGAUCCAGUGGGUGGGGGCCGGCCCCCUGGCAGGAGACCUCGGCAGCUCCUCUGGGCUCACUCCUUUAUGACUCCGAACGGUAGCACUGCAAGGCUGUCCGGGUUUUUGUUUUUUUAAACUAUGUACCAGGUUUCUGAUGACAAAAUAAAGCAGCUAUUUUAUACCAAG